CCGCCCGCCCGCCAGCGGCCGCACGCACGGCUCAAGUUUCCCUGGCAACUUUCGCCCGGGAAUCCCUCCCGAGAGCGAGCCCCGGUCCCGCGGGCGUCCGAUCGCCGGCUCCGCCGUCCCUGAAGGCCCGGAGACUUGGGGGGGCCGCCCUCGCGCACCUCGGGGGCCCCGGCGGAAGCAGCGCUCCCCCCCGGCCCGGCGCAGCUGCUGAAUCUUUGAUGAGACUGGUCCGGAGGAGACAAGACAGCUUCGGAGCCAUGCCGCGGAGUCCCACGUCCAGCGAAGAUGAGAUGGCCCAGAGCUUUUCCGAUUAUUCGAUGGAGUCCGAGUCGGACAGCUCCAAAGAGGAAACCAUCUAUGACACCAUCCGGGCGACCUCGGAGAAGCCCACGGUCAAGAUGGAGGAGAGCCAGGACAACACUCUGGUCAUCCGCGUCAUCAUCCAGGACCUGCAGCAGACGAAAUGCAUCCGAUUUAACCCAGAUGCUUCUGUGUGGGUGGCAAAGCAGCGGAUUCUGUGCACCUUGAACCAGAGUCUCAAGGAUGUUCUCAACUACGGGCUCUUCCAACCUGCCAGCAAUGGGAGAGACGGGAAGUUCUUGGACGAGGAGCGCCUCCUCCGGGAGUACCCACAGCACGUGCCCAAAGGAAUCCCUUCUCUGGAGUUCCGGUAUAAAAGGCGGGUGUACAAGCAGGCGAAUCUGGAUGAGAAGCAGCUAGCCAAGCUCCAUACCAAGACAAACCUGAGGAAAUGCAUGGACCACAUCCAGCAUCACUCGGUGGAGAAGGUCUCCAAGAUGCUGGAGAGGGGCCUGGAUCCCAACUUCCACGACACGGACACAGGAGAAACGCCGCUGACUCUAGCAGCCCAGCUCGACAACUCCGUGGAGGUGAUCAAAGCACUGAAAAACGGAGGCGCCCACCUGGAUUUCCGAGCCAAGGACGGAAUGACCGCCCUCCACAAAGCUGCCCGAGCCAAGAACCAGGUGGCCCUCAAGACCCUGCUGGAGCUCGGGGCCUCUCCGGACUACAAGGACAGCUACGGCCUCACGCCCCUCUACCACACAGCCGUCGUCGGAGGCGACCCCUACUGCUGCGAGCUGCUGCUCCACGAGCACGCCACAGUCGGCUGCAAGGACGAGAACGGCUGGCACGAGAUCCACCAGGCCUGUCGCUACGGCCACGUCCACCACCUUGAGCACUUGCUGUUCUACGGAGCCGACAUGGGGGCCCAGAAUGCCUCCGGGAACACCGCCCUGCACAUCUGUGCCCUUUACAACCAGGACAGCUGUGCUCGAGUUUUGCUGUUCCGCGGAGGCAACAAGGAAUUAAAGAAUUACAAUAGCCAGACGCCAUUCCAGGUGGCGAUAAUCGCAGGAAACUUUGAGCUGGCCGAGUACAUUAAGAACCACAAGGAAACAGAUAUUGUGCCAUUCAGAGAGGCCCCGACGUACUCGAACCGGCGGCGGAGACCCCCGAGCACGCUGGCGGCCCCCCGCGUCCUGCUGCGCUCCAACAGCGACAACAACCUCAACGUGAACAAUCUUCCCGAGUGGUCCGUGUGCUCCUCGGCCUCCUCACACCGCAGCCUUUCGCCCCAGCUCCUGCAGCAGAUGCAGGGCAACCCAAAUGGCACAGUGAAAACCAUCGGGAGCUACACGCCGGGGCCGCGCAGCCGCUCCCCGUCACUGAACCGGCUCGGGGAAGAUGCCAGGAGGCAGCAGCAAGUCCCGCCCGCGCCGCAGCGGCACAUCAGCGCCGGCUUCGCUCCGGGUGCCGCCAAGGAUGCCAUGUCCGCCUUUGACUAUCCGGGUCCCAAGCGCAAGCUCUACAGCGCUGUGCCCGGGAGACUGUUUGUUGUCGUAAAGCCAUAUCAACCUCAAGUCGAUGGAGAGAUCCACCUUCACCGGGGGGACAGGGUCAAAGUGCUGAGCAUCGGGGAAGGCGGCUUCUGGGAAGGCAGCACGCGGGGACACAUCGGGUGGUUUCCUGCCGAUUGUGUGGAGGAAGUCCAGUGCAAACCGAAUGAGAGCAAACCAGAGACUCGCACUGACCGCACCAAGAAGCUCUUCCGACACUACACGGUGGGCUCCUAUGACAGCUUCGACGCCUCCAGUGACUGCAUUAUCGAGGAGAAGACCGUGGUCCUGCAGAAGAAAGACAAUGAGGGCUUCGGCUUCGUGCUGCGCGGGGCGAAAGCUGACACCCCGAUCGAAGAGUUCACCCCGACGCCGGCGUUCCCUGCCCUGCAGUACCUGGAGUCUGUGGAUGAAGGAGGAGUGGCGUGGCAGGCGGGCCUGAGAACGGGGGACUUCCUCAUCGAGGUAAACAAUGAGAACGUUGUCAAAGUCGGUCACAGACAGGUGGUGAACAUGAUCCGCCAAGGUGGGAACCACUUAAUCCUCAAGGUUGUCACGGUAACCAGAAACCUCGAUCCUGAUGACACAGCCAGGAAAAAAGCCCCUCCGCCUCCCAAGCGAGCGCCGACCACAGCCCUGACCUUGCGGUCUAAAUCUAUGACCUCCGAGCUGGAAGAGCUUGUGGACAAAGCUUCAGUUCGGAAGAAGAAGGAUAAAGUCGACGAGGUCGUUCCAGCUGCGCUUCAUCGAGGACGCAGGAGAAGCCCCCCCCACUCUACCACUGGGAUUCCCCGUCCUUGUUUGAAGAGGAGAAAUCUCGCCUUCCAGCUCAGAGAGGCUGGGGUCCCAUGCCUAAGCUCCGAGCCCACGGGGGCCCCUCAGAACACAGACCCGGGCCGACCAGCCCUGGACCACGCUCUUCUUUCUCCUGCCCAGUCUAAGGGCCCCUGGAACCUAACCCAUGUGCUCUUUGCUUUACAGUCCAUUUACGAGCGGCAGGGAAUCGCUGUGAUGACCCCCACGGUCCCCGGAAGUCCAAAGGCCCCGUUCCUGGGCAUCCCUCGAGGUACGAUGAGAAGGCAGAAAUCAAUAGACAGCAGAAUCUUUCUCUCAGGAAUAACGGAGGAAGAGCGCCAGUUCCUGGCCCCCCCCAUGCUCAAGUUCACCAGAAGCCUCUCCAUGCCCGACACCUCCGAAGACAUCCCUCCUCCGCCACAGUCCCUGCCUCCUUCGCCGCCGCCACCCUCCCCCACCGCCUACAAUUCUCCCAAGUCCCCGACGGCCAGAGCCUACGGGACCAUCAAGCCCCCCUUCAACCAGAAUUCGGUGCCCAAGGUCUCCCCCUCCCCUCGGCCGGAGACCAUCGGCACGGUGAUGCGGGAGAAGGGCCUGUACUACAGGCGGGAGCUGGACCGCUACUCCCUGGACUCGGAGGAUCUCUACGGCCGCAACGCCGCCGCCCAGGCCAACUUCCGGGCCAAACGGGGCCAGAUGCCGGAGAACCCCUACUCGGAGGUAGGCAAGAUCGCAAGCAAGGCCGUGUACGUGCCCGCCAAGCCGGCCCGGAGGAAGGGGAUGCUGGUGAAGCAGUCCAACGUGGAGGACAGCCCCGAGAAGACCUGCUCCAUCCCCAUCCCCACCAUCAUCGUCAAGGAGCCGUCCACGAGCAGCAGCGGCAAGAGCAGCCAGGGGAGCAGCAUGGAGAUCGACGCUCAGGCCGGCGAGCCCCCCGGGCAGCUGCGGCCGGACGACAGCCUGGGCGUCAGCAGCCCCUUCGCCGCGGCCAUUGCCGGGGCCGUGCGGGACAGGGAGAAGAGGCUCGAGGCCAGGCGGAACUCCCCGGCCUUCCUCUCCACAGACCUGGGGGAUGAGGACGUGGGGCUGGGCCCGGGGCCGCCCGUGCCCAGGGCCAGGCCUUCCAAGUUCCCGGAGGACGAGGUGUUCGGCAGCGAGGACGGCCUGGGCCAGCCGCCGUCGCCCACGCCAGGGGAGCCUGAGAACCACCCGGGCGGCGGCGAGGCCGGGAGUCAGAGCGACCUGGACGGCGCCAGGACCUUGAACUCGGUCCCCAAAGCCAAAGGGCCCGAGAACAGCACGGCACCAGCUGCCAAGGGCGGGAGCGUGGCGGGCCCCGAGAACUACGUCCACCCCCUCACCGGGAGGCUUCUGGACCCCAACUCCCCGCUGGCCCUGGCCCUCUCAGCCCGGGACCGAGCCCUGAAGGAGACGCAGCAGGGGGGCGGCAAGGGGGAGGCGACCAAGGCGGACCUAAACAAGCCGCUCUACAUCGACACCAAAAUGCGUCCCGGCAUGGAGCCGGCCUUCCCCUCGAUGGGCCGGCCAGGCGCGCGGGGCCCGCUGCGGAGGCAGGAGACGGAGAACAAGUACGAGCUGGAUAAGGACAAGAGGGGCGACGAGAAGAAGAACAUGCUCAUCAGCAUCGUGGACACCUCCCAGCAGAAGACGGCCGGCCUGCUCAUGGUGCACACCGUGGACGCCGCCAAGGCCGAGGACUCCCCCGAGGAGGAAGAGGAGAGGGCCGACGGCGGCGCCGAGCCCGGGAGCUCCCCCCCGGAGGUGCCCGAGAGUGUUCCCGAAACCGAAGGUGCUUUACAGGUCGCUGCCGCCGGCCCCACCAAGGGGAUGGCGGCGGCGGGCUCCGUGGACGAGCCUGUGGUCUUGCCCUUCCGGAUCCCGCCCCCUCCGCUGGCCUCCGUGGAUCUCGACGAAGAUUUUAUUUUUACGGAACCGUUGCCUCCGCCCCUCGAGUUUGCAAACAGUUUUGAUAUCCCUGACGACCGGGCCGCGCCCACCCCCCCUCCCCCCGACCCGGGGAAGCCGAGGAAAGACUCCUCCCCGUCCCCCCCCCUCGCCCCCGGCCCACCCGCCAACUCCGUGGACGGGAAGAAGCCGGCGGGCCUCUCAAACUGUCUGCCGGCCGCGUUCCUGCCGCCCCCCGAGAGCUUCGACAACGUGGCCGACUCCGGGAUCGAGGAGGUGGACAGCCGGAGCAGCAGCGACCACCACCUCGAGACCACCAGCACUAUCUCCACCGUGUCCAGCAUCUCCACCCUGUCCUCGGAGGGCGGGGAGCCCCUGGACACGUGCACGGUCUAUGCAGAUGGGCAGGCGUUUAUGGUCGACAAGCCCCCCGUGCCUCCGAAGCCAAAAAUGAAGCCCGUGAUCACCAAAAGCAACGCGCCCCCCAGAGAGGCCCUGGCGGAGGAGAGCGCCGACGGCUUUGGGCUGGCCCUGCCCGUGCAGGCCCCGCCCCUGCCGCCCGCGGGGACCGCCAAGGCCCUCCAGCCAAGGACCUCCAAGCUGUGGGGGGACAUCCCCGAGGUCAAAAGCCCCAUUCUCUCAGGCCCCAAGGCGAACGUCAUUAGCGAAUUGAAUUCAAUCCUGCAGCAAAUGAACCGAGAGAAAUCCACGAAACCCGGGGAGGGAUUGGAUUCACCGACAGGAACCAAAACCGCCAGCCUCAGUACGAGGAGCACGGACGUCAUGAGCACCGUCUCAGGGACGCGGAGCACGACGGUCACCUUCACCGUCCGCCCUGGCACCACCCAGCCCAUCACCCUGCAGAGCCGGCCCCCGGACUACGACGGCAGGACCGCCGUCACGAGACGUGCCCCGAGCCCCGUGGUGUCCCCCACGGAGAUCGCCAAGGAGGCCCUGGCCGCCCCCCUGACGGCCGUCUCCGCUGCGGCCCCUUCGCCCACCCUGCCCGAGGUUUUUAGCCUUCCGAGCCAGCCAUCUCCCGGGGACUUGUUUGGCUUGAGCGCAGCAGCGCGCAGCAGGUCCCCGUCUCCCUCGAUACUGCAACAGCCAAUCUCAAAUAAGCCUUUUACAACUAAACCUGUCCACCUGUGGACCAAGCCCGACGUGGCUGAUUGGCUGGAAAGCUUAAACUUGGGUGAGCAUAAAGAGACCUUCAUGGACAAUGAGAUCGACGGCAGUCACUUACCAAACCUCCAGAAGGAAGACCUCAUAGACCUCGGAGUGACUCGGGUCGGCCACCGGAUGAACAUCGAGAGAGCGCUGAAGCAGCUGCUGGACAGAUAAGGACGCCCGCUCCUUCCGCCUUCAUGGACUUCUGCUUAUAAGUAGAGAUGGGCUUGCACUGCAACCGCCGAGGCCUCCUGGGCCUGAGCCCCCACCACCCCCGGCUCUGUCCACCUCCUGUCGCCCAAAGAAAGUCCGAGCGCGUCUCGGAGCCCAGGUCCACCAGCCCCCCACGCCUGGCCCGAUGCUCACCUGGCGGCCGGCCAGGCCGGGCCCGGGCACCGGCACCACUCCCUUCAGUCGAGGGGAAGAAGGGAAAGGGGGUUAAAACGGGUUUCCAGCCUGCCCCCCCCAACUCUGGGGGCAAGUGACCUCCCUUGCUCCUCCCAGGCCCAGAAGCCGGCCCCGCGAGGGGCUUGGCCGGUUGCCUCCCAAGCUGCUCCUCCCUUGGUUCUGACUGGCCCCUGACCCUCCCGGUCCCAGCACCGGCUCCCACUCAUUCCCCCUCCCCUUUCUCAGUGUGUACAUGCUCACUUACUUCCUUGUUUUUGAGCGGUUUGCUUGCAAUAGAACCAGACCCGGAGCUCGCUUGCUCUCUCUCAGACGCUGUCUGGGGCUCCCCAGACCCCCUGCAGAGUCUCCUCCCUGGGGCUGUAGCCAUAGCUGUCAGGCAGAGGGUGGAGUCUCUCCCCCAGAUCGGGCCCUGCUUGGUCACCUUUAUUUCUUGAUUUCUGCAAAUAAAUCUAUUUCGCAUAUUUCCCAGGUGGCCGACCCAGGCCACGUGGACUAGGCAAAGCACACAGCCGCAAUUGGGAGACGGAAGGGGAGAGUCACGCCGGGAGCCGAGCGGGCCCCAAGCCGCCUCUGCGCCAGACCCAGGGCGUCCCAUCGGGAAGCUGGCCGAGCCAACAGGAGGUCCCCUCCCCUCCCCUUUCUGCUCUCGAGCCUUUGUUUUGUCUUUAGACCCCAUUGAGGUGGAAGGAGGUGAGCAUGUACCUUGACCCAAGGACAAUCAAAAAAAAUGAGGUGAACCAGGGGCCACGUGGUGCUACCUGGACCGCGGAGUCUUUGUCGGGAGCUGGUCCGGGGCUCCAGGAUCCCCGUCCUGAGCCCCCGCAAGGUUGAGGAGUCAUGCUAGGACAGCCCCGUGGCUGUCUAGGGCCCGGGAGAGCAGCUCGCUGAGAGGUCUCCCGUCCUCUUUGGACCUCAGGGAAUCAGCUUCCUGAGAAGCGGCGCUGUGAGAGGGCAGAAGGUGGACAGGACCCGGGGUGGAGAGGAGGAGCCGAGUCGUGAGUGGGGAUUGAAGGAGCAGAAAUGGAGGCAUCGGAAUGGGGGCAUCUCCAAGGGGCUAGGAAAGAUGCUGGUCACUUAGGAACGGAGGGAGAUCACCCUGACUGCCAACUUUUCUAGAUCCUCUUCCAUGUCUCUCUCUCCUGCCCCUCACUUCCCUGACUCUUCACAGGCCCCCAAAAUUUCCUCCCCCAGUAACAGGCCCUCUCAUCCCCAAGGGAGGUUGUCCACUGCCCACAGCUAGCCAGUGUCCUGCCAGGCUUCCAGCGUAUCCACUCUCGAAUCUGGAAGUGGCCCAAAUGUUCGGUUUUGCUUUUUUCUUUUUUUUAAUUUUCUACUCCAGAUUAGCCCAGCCCAUCUCUAGUUAUAAAACAAGACUUUUUUUUUCCUUUUUCUUUCUUUUUAUUACUUUUGCUCACAAUCAAGUGUCUGAUUAGGUCUGCAGCAGCCCUCGAAUGAGAACAGCAAAUUUACCAAUUUAAUUCUUUCUUUACUGCAAGUUUAAAUAGUUGUAUAGAUAGUUUAUAAGCACAAUAUUUUAAGAGAAAAAAAACAGUGGCUGGUCUACUAGGCAGCCUUUGUGCUAGGAAGUUAAAGAAAACAAACUUUGGUGAUUUAAUACUAAUAAUACUAUUUCUGUGGAAUAAUUCUAAAGAGUAUGACCUUUUUAAAUCAACCUUAUUUGGAUGCGUCUGAACCAGCAGAGCUGUGUUACGUUUUCUAUCUUUGCUAGAACUUCAUCACCGAAGGACAAAUGUUUCUUCAAAAGCGGUCCCCGAUUCACCGAGCGGCGGUCAGCCGAUCGGGCGCUCCCCAGUCCCAAAGCCAACAAAAAGCCACUCCUCUCCAGUCCCCUCCCCGCCCUCCUUUCCAUCCACCGCACCCCCAACUCUGGAAAACCAAUCUUUCUUUUGACUUUGCCUCUGUUCUGAUCCCCUUUGCAGGUCAAUCUUUGUAUUUGGAAGUUCCAACCUAACUUGUAAUAAAAAUAAUGCAUUCAGGCAUUUUCCUUCAGAGUACUUUCGAUUUUUCCAGAGGGAGACGAACAUUGCUGUAGAGGAACUUGGAGACUCGAGGCAGUUAGCGGAGGUGCCACAAUAUUUCAGAAUGUGUAAAAAACAAUAAUGGUACUUUAGCCAUCAUUUGUCUUCCAUUUGAUGAGAUGACAGAAUUCAGUCAAUAAACCACUAGCCAUCAGGCUCUUUUCCUUCCUUUGCUUUCCGCUGGUGUUGCCUCCGCGCACUGUGUCAGGUCCAACAUGAGCCCAGACGUAGGAGAGGGACUCGGCCAGGUGACUCGCAGGCCGCCGCUGUUUAAUCCCACCUUGGUUUAAUUUAGGUUUCUUGAGUUGUGGCCUCCGCCGGUGGGGACCCUUUUGUCCCACACCCGUGGACCUUUGCAGACACUUAACAGCCUCCAUGUGGGGUCAGCAGUCGAAAGCAGAUGGAAACAUUAAAGAGCUACUGAAAUAGUUUAUUUUUACAUUAUGUCUUACAGUAUCAGAGUAAUGGGGCUGCCCAAGGGCCUGCUUUGACCAAUAAAAUACUUGUUUGCCAAGACAAAUCCGUCUAGCUCUGUUUGAUGAGUUUGCUCCCCUCAGCAAUAGCUCCUAGCUCAGAGAGCUCCCCUCCUCCUCUUCCUCCUCCCCCUGCUUGGGGAACAUCAGGCCUAGGUCUUAUUCAUGAUCCUCUUUACCAGUGGAACCGAGUGUUAAAUACCGGGUCUACUCAAAGAGACAUGUGAACUGUGGUCCUCUAGGUUUUAGGAUAAACUUUUGCUAUAUACUGUACUUUAAAUAAACUGUAUUUAAUGCCUAUUUUCUUUCUGUAAUAUUUGUAUAUAUGAGACCAACCUCCCGAGAUGUACGUCACACACUGCAUCCGGGCCACCUCUACCUAAGCAUCUGGACAUGUUUUGGGCUGACUCCUAGGUCACGAUGAUGACGACUAGAUGUGACUUAUGGUUAUAGAUCUUAAAUGUCACAAAAUGAAUUCGCUACUUGUGGAACUUCAGUUCAUGAAAGAAUGAUUUAUUUGGGUGAUUUUCCCACUCCCAAGUCCCCUAGGAGCCCAGCCAGAUGGGCGCACUUUAUUCUGUCCGUCCAGCAGGGAUGGUCGUCUGAGCCUGGAUGGGGACGGCUUCCCAUUAACAUCCUUUCUUUCCUUCUUAGUACCCGGUUCUUGAUGCCUGGCCCCAAGCCCCAUCCUGUAUUUUCUCUGUGACUGCUCUGGACGUUUUUUAUUUUUCUAAGUCAGAGUAGAGCAAGCCAUCCCUGGGUAGCACAUUCUUUCCCUCAUCUUUUUUUUUUUUUUUUUUGUACUCAUGUGGCAACCGAAAUGACCGUCCAGAACAAACGCCUUCUUGCAGGAAGGCAGGGGGUCUGAUUGCAAACAGAAGAACUUGUCUGGAUGCAUCACAGCAGAAAGUGACAACCUCACAUAGAGUGGGGCUUGAUGCUGCAGAGAAAGGGUCCCCUCCUUACAGCCGGAGAGAUGGUAGUGGGUUCCCAAGGACUAAAAGACUCAUUCCAUUUGAUCAGUCUGCCUCUGUUUUCUUGACAAUAUGGAAAACAAGGGUGCUGAAUUUUGGAUUUAUGUUCAGAAAAACUGAAGUGUCAUCCUCUGUGGCCACAGAACUUUUGUACGGGAGGGAAGGUUGCUCCACUUGAAUUUUAAAUUGUGGGGUGAUGGAAGACAGUAUGGAAGUUCUUUUGGUUUCAAGGAGGAGGUUAGCCACUUGCCACCAUUUCCCCUGCCCUAACAGCUUCUCCCGUCUGAUGCACACUCCUGUCUCUUGACCUUCCAGUCGUUUGGAGAGACUGCACCAGAGUGGAGAGUUAGCUAGUAAUGGAAAACCAAAGGGUUUGGACAAUCAGGUGGUCCAGGAGCUGUGAGGGUUUGUCCCUCUGGGACACUCCAGGAUGUUCAUCUACCCUUCCCUUUUCUGAGGAAGCCAGCUUUCUUUUUAAACCCUGGAAGCCCUUCUCACCAAGACCUCGUGGUUUUGGUCACUGGAGCAGUCUAGCUUCUCAUGACCCCUGAAACAGCAGCCCUAUAAUUACCUUUGGUUGUCCCCCACGGGGGACCCUUGGGCUCCUUGUAUGUUUUUUGUGAAGAGUUCUGCCCUUCCCUCAUCCCAGGGCUACCCAGGUCUGUCUCAUUGAAACUGUUUGUGGCCUUCUUUGUUUUCCAUUUGGACUAUAUUUGGGGCAUUUAAAACCUAGAAAAACUUGAGCAUCUUCCCACAACCGGGACUAUCCGUUUAUCUGUGUUAAGCCCUUUGCAAAAAAACAAAACCAAGUCAAGACAGUGCUGGCCAGGCAGUCCCAGCAAGCCACGCCUCCAGACCUGUGCGGAGGGGGGAGCCACGCGGCCUCCAGGUUUGCUUGGGACUCUGACCGAGAGCAUCCCUUCGAGCCGGUGGCACGCCAAAGCUCCCCGGGCUUUCUCGUUCACUCGCUGUGUUAAUGUGUUUCUGCAUUUCACCCUUUCUCACUUUGCAGCCAAAACCACAACCAACCAGUAUCUGAUGCUACUAAUUGGAAACUCUGUUCAUCAGAAUUCUGAUCCUUGGCUAUGAGCUUUCAAAUAAAUAUGGAAAAGAAAAAAAUUAAGGAAAACCAAAAAGUGUGUGCCUUGGGUGUUUUGAGACUUGGUCUGCAGAAAACCCCCCACUGUGUUCCAAUACUCUCUGUGGAAUGGAAGGAUGGCUUCCUCAUCAGUGUAUUCCAGUAGCCGGGACCUAGCUUUAGUGCCUUGUUUUCUGAACUAAGGAGUCCGC